UGUGACCGACCAUUUCCUCUUACUUGACCUGUCUUUGCUCCCACUAAGUCUUUUUCCAUUCACUUUGUGUGUAUGUUUAAUGUUUAUAUAUAUAACAUAACCAAACCCUUAUUUUCUUACAUCUUAAGAAAAAAAUAUUCAUUGAUCCUUCAUCAAAUAUUCCAACCCUAAGAAGAAGAGAAAAAAAAAACUAUUGCCACAAAACAAGAGUUAAAAUGGCAAGAGAAGGUUUUGGACUUGAAAUAACCGAGCUAAGGUUGGGUUUGCCAUGUGGUGAGCCACAAAAGAAUGAGAAGAAGAGGAUGUUCUCCGAGAUUGACGGUGGCGAGGAAGAAAAUGGAGGUUCCGGUGACCAGAAAAUCGAGAAGAAGAAUCAAGUUGUGGGAUGGCCUCCGGUGUGUUCGUACCGGAAGAAGAAUAUGAAUGAAGGUUCAAAAAUGUACAUGAAGGUUAGCAUGGAUGGAGCUCCUUACUUGCGUAAGAUUGAUCUUGGUUUGCAUAAGGGAUACUUGGAGUUAGCUUUGGCUUUGGAGAAGCUCUUUGGUUGUUGUGGAAUUGAGGAAGCGUUGAAGGAUGCAGACAAUUGUGAACACGUUCCCAUUUAUGAGGACAAAGAUGGUGACUGGAUGCUGGUUGGAGAUGUCCCUUGGGAGAUGUUUAUUGAAUCAUGCAAGAGGCUGAGGAUUAUGAAGAGAUCAGAUGCAAAGGGUUUUGGUUUGCAACCAAAAGGAUCUUUAAAGAGAUUCAUAUAGAAGGCUUUGGCAAAGUGUAUGUUAUGCUUCUAAACAAUUAUUGUCGUGAUGCAUGUUUGAAGAUCAACAAUUUGAAUUUAUGUUGUCUUUUUAAUAUAUUUUUAGGAAUUAAGCAUUCCUUUAUACUAUAGUUUGAUAUAUGAAAUAUGAAUCUAGGCUUUGAUCAUUCUGUUUUAAUUUUUUAUUUAUGAAAGAUAUAUAGGACUCAUUUUUAUUAAGUAUUUAAAUUACAUGCAUUGUAAGAGACGUCCAUGAGUGAAUUCCUUUGAUUGAAGAGAAGUAGUUUUUGUUGGAAAAGUA